AUGUAUAUUGUGAAUGCAUCGAAAAUACUCAGGAUGUCCACGAUAUGGGAAUUUCUGAAGAGGCAUCGUGGUAAAUUAUUGAUGGGUGCUGUUGUCGCUGGUGGUGCAUUUGCUGUUGGGCAAAUUUUAUCGAAAUCAUUUAAUACAUACGGAAUGCAGAUAAUGGAACCAAGUUCCAUACGAGCCAAGAGACAAUAUAUUUAUGAUUCUCAUCAGCGUGCAUGUGAUGCUUCAGUUUUUGAUCUAAUUUCUUAUAUAGAGAAAAAAAUUGAAAGUCGCUUCGAUGUCAACAAAUUGGCUAGAAUGCUGAAGGAUGAUAGCAAUGAGUUCUCCUUUAAUGAGCGUAUCGAUAUUUGGCAGAAAAUUAAGGUUGAGACGUUUGCUCGUAUUAUCGCUGCUUCCUACUCACUUUCGCUUUUAACUGUUGCUAUAAAAUCUCAAAUGUCGAUAUUGGCUGCACAAAGCUGUUCGAAGCUGUGCGCAAAAAACAAAGCGGUUCCCUUUAUUUCUGGUUGCAUGGAAUAUUUGGGCUUAAAUGAAUCAUCUUCGUCCAUUACAUGUGGAGAAAUUGAUGCAAAUUCUCAGCAAAUUUUUAUCCAUUGUAUACAAUAUUUCACAAACCAUGGGAUAGAUCAGUUGAUGGAUUACGUUGAAUCAAUAUGUGAAAAAGAAUUGUCGAAGAUAGACUUGAAAAAAGAAUUUGAUCCAGUCGGAUUGAGCGAUUUAUUAUUGUUGAUUAAGCAAAGAAUCCAGUCGAUUGAUUGUCGGCAGUUUUCGUAUCUUAUUGUACCAAAAUUUGCUGAUCAGAAUGCUUUUGCAUUACCAAAUUCGAGGCAAUUAGGAGCUUUAUUAGGACGACUUGUUGAAAUGAUGGAGUCUUCAAAAUGCAGAGAAGUUACUUCAUCUUUUGUCGAUAUAUUUCACAGUUCUGCAAUAUCGGUUAAUUAUUUAGUUAAUUUUUUAUUUUGUUUAAUGACUACUUCGUAA